UAGUGACUAUAAAGAGGGAAAGAGAGAGAAAGAAGUGGGUACUUGCAAAACUGUGGAAAAUUAUAUCCUGCCUGCCUGCCUGCCUGCCUGGUGUUGUUCUUUAAAACUCUCUGAGACUAGGAGAAAAGAGGAGAGAGAAAGAAAAGAUGGGAAAUUGUCAAGCCAUAGAUGCAGCAACACUAGUAAUCCAACACCCAAGUGGUAAAGUUGACAAGCUAUAUUGGCCUGUUCUUGCAAGUGAGAUCAUGAAAAUGAACCCUGGUCAUUAUGUUGCUCUUUUGAUCACCACCACAAUCUGCCACACCACCUCAAAAACUGAAACUAAUACACCCACCAAAACCAACAACAACAACAACAACAACAACAACAACAGCAGCAACAACAGCAACAACAGCAACAACAGCAACAGCCAGAAAAAUAACAGCAACAGCCGCAGCAGCAGCAACAACAGCAGUAAAAAAAGCAACAGCAACAGCCGAGGCAGCAGCAACAACAAUAGUCAAAACAACAGCAAAAACACUGAUAACAAGAGUAACAGCACGAGCACCGGAGACGGGCGGAAUACCGUGCGGAUUACUCGAGUUAAGCUGCUUCGGCCGACGGAUACUUUGGCUCUUGGUCAUGUUUAUAGGCUCAUCUGCACUCAAGAAGUGAUGAAAGGUUUGGUGGCAAAAAAACAGGCAAAAAUGAGGAAAAAUGGUAUAGAAUUAGCAGACUCAGAAGGACUCAAAGAAGCUGAAAUAUUAGCUAGAAGAUCUCAGCAAGAGAAGGAGAAGACUCAUCAGGUUAAUAGACAUGGGCAUCGAUCUAGAACAACUUCAGGUUCAAAUGGAGGAACAGCUAAGCCAAAAACAUGGCAGCCUGCUCUGCAGAGCAUUUCUGAAGCUGCAAGCUGAUAAAAUAAUGUUAUCAAUAAUUUCACAUUUUAAGUAGGAGAGAGAAUCUGAGGAAAAAAGUUGAGGUUUGUAUUUGAGAAAGUUAGUGAAAGAACAAAUCUUGAAGAUGAUAAUGAUGAUCAGGGUCUUGCAAAAACUGUACAUAUUUGACAGAUGAAAUGCAAUUGACAUUGUUGUAUCAAAGUAA